AUGAGAUUCUACGCCCAGGGCAUGCGCUGCCUCCGGGCCUCUGCCCCGCGAGCCGCCCACCUCUCCCGGAGCUCCAUCAUCCUCCGAACAGCUUGCGCCGUGAGGGCAUACUCGUCGGCACCUCCGACGGGCUCCCCAAGCUCCAAACAAGGCUCCGUCACUAUCCGUGGGCAGACCAUCAAGACGGAUCCUGAGUGGUUCAACGCCCCGGCCAACGUCCUCGAUGCUACUUCGAGGAGCCUGCAUCUGCAAAAGGAUCACCCCGUCUCUAUCACCCGCCAGAUCAUCCAGUCCAACUUCCCCGAGCCUAUCUUCAAGUACCACAAUGAGUUCAGCCCCGUUGUGUCCACCGCCCAGAACUUUGACUCGCUCGGCUUCCCCGCGAACCACCCCGGCCGUGCUCUCUCAGAUACCUACUACCUGAACCAGGAGACUCUCCUGCGAACGCAUACGAGUGCCCACCAAGCCGACACUUUCCGGGCCAACCAGAGCGCUGGUUACCUCAUCUCUGCCGACGUCUAUAGACGAGACGCCAUUGACCGGAGUCACUAUCCUGUUUUCCAUCAGAUGGAGGGUGCCAUGUCAUGGGACCGUAACGAAGUUCCCAAUGGUGACAUUGCUGCGGCUGUGUGGAAGGACUUUGAGAACCUUCCCGUGCAUGGAGUCCAAGUAGACGACCCAAACCCUGCCAUUCAUCCCGAGCGCAACCCUCUUCAAGAACCCCAUCACACGGCGGCAGAGGCUGAGGCUAUCGGUGCUCACCUGAAGAGGUCACUUGAGUCCAUGGUUGUCGACAUCUUUUCCCGUGCCAAGGCUGCAGCGAUCAAGGAGGACCCCGACUUUGUUGAUGAACCGCUCCAGAUGCGAUGGGUUGAGGCAUACUUCCCCUUCACCAGCCCCUCGUGGGAGCUUGAGGUUUACUAUGCAGGUGACUGGCUCGAGGUACUCGGAUGUGGUGUAGUCAAGCAGGAUAUCUUGAUCAACGCUGGCGUGCCGAACCGUCUAGGUUGGGCGUUUGGCAUCGGUAUCGACCGUAUUGCCAUGCUCCUCUUCAAGAUCCCUGAUAUCCGCCUAUUCUGGUCGAAAGACAACCGAUUCCUGUCGCAGUUUGAGGGCGUGACCGACAACCUCGACACACUGAAGCGCUUCGUGCCCUUCUCCAAGUACCCUCCCUGCCCCAAGGACGUGUCCUUCUGGCUGAGCUCGACGUCGGCGGCGGGUGGCAACACCAAGGGCAGCUUCCACGAGAACGAUGUGAUGGAGCUGGUGCGCAACGUGGCAGGCGACGUGGUAGAGGAUGUGCGGCUGAUUGACGAGUUUACGCAUCCCAAGACGGGGCGUAAGAGCAUGGCUUACCGCAUGGUGUAUCGCAGCCUGGAGCGGACGCUGACCAACGCUGAGGCCAACGGUUUCCACGAGAGGGUCCGCGAGGCUCUCGUCAAGGAGCUGGGUGUUGAGCUUCGCUGA